AGUAAAUAAAAUUUCUGGUUAGUACUUGAUGCUCGAGCAUAGGAUAGGUUAAAGAAUACAUAGGUUUUUUUAGAGGGAAAUGUCGAUGUCUUACACAGACACGCUAUAACUUAAUAACUGUCGUCAAGUUGUUUGGUGUUUGUCACUAGUAUUAUUUCUGGUACCUUGUUAUUAAAAAGUUAAAGUUACUUUAAAUUUGAAUGUGUUUCAGCAAUGCCGUCAUUAGCGUUAGAUAAAGAAACAUUUUUUAGGCGGUUAAAACAUCUAUACGAUUAUUGGAAGAAUAGUAAAGAUGAAAACGUACGAGCUUUAAGUGAUGUAGAUGCUUUUACAUGUGCUGUAGGAGUUGAUGACUAUACUAUGUAUAGUAAAUCAUCAUCUCUGCAGAUUUGGUUAUUUGGUUAUGAAUUAACUGACACUGUAUCAGUUUUUACAUCAGAAGGAGUGCAUAUUAUAGCUAGUAAAAAAAAAGUUGAGUUCUUAAAACCAGCUGAAAAUGUUAAAGAUGCUGAUUGUCCUUCUGUCAAACUUAUUACGAGAGAAAAAGGUGGGAAUGAUAAAGAUAGCAUUGAAAAACUUAUUAAAGCUAUUAAAAACAGUAAAAAUGGUAAAUCUGUUGGUAUUUUUGGAAAAGAAAAAUAUCCAGGUACAUUUAUGGAUGCAUGGAGAACAGAAUUUGAUAAAGAAAACUUUAAUAAUGUUGAUAUAAGUUCUGUGAUUGGUUAUAUUUUAAGUAUAAAAUCUGAAAAUGAAAUCACAUUGAUAAAAAAAGCUAGUUUAAGUUCAGUUGAUAUGUUUACUAAGUACCUUAAAGAACAAAUCAUGGAAAUAAUUGAUGCUGACAAGAAAGUUAAACAUACAAAACUAGUUGAAGGAUUAGAAGGAGCACUGACAGACAAAAAAUAUUUGCCAGCAAAUGUUGAUCCAUCUCAAUUAGAAUUUUGUUAUCCUCCUAUUAUUCAAAGUGGAGGAAAUUAUAGUUUAAAAUUUUCUGCAACUAGUGAUAAAAAUAUUUUACAUUUUGGAGUGAUAAUAUGCAGUUUAGGAACUCGAUACAAAUCGUACUGUUCAAAUCUCAUAAGGACAAUGAUUGUCAAUCCUACUGAAGAAAUACGAUCAAAUUAUGAGUUUUUAGUAAGUUUGGAAGAAAUCUUAAUGUCAAAAUUAAAAUCUGGUAAUAAAUUAUGUGAUGUUUAUAAUUCUGGAAUAGAAUUUGCUAAAAAGGAAAAACCAAAACUUGUAGACUUACUAACAAAAAAUUUUGGAUUUGUAAUGGGUAUUGAAUUUCGUGAAAGUUCUCUAAUGAUAGCUCCUAAGACUACUGCUUGUGUUAAAAAAGGUCAAGUUUAUAAUUUAUGUGUUGGUUUAUCUGGAUUAACAAACAAAGAUGGAGCUGAUAAAGAAAGCAAAGUGUAUGCUUUAUAUGUUGGAGAUACAGUUUUAGUUAAUGAAGACACUGCAGCAACCUUAUUAACUCCAUCUAAAAAAAAGAUUAAGAAUAUUGCUAUUUAUUUAAAUGAUGAUGAUGAAGAUGAAGAAGAAGAUGAUGAAAAAGAAAAUGAACCAAAACAAGAGCCAAUUGUCAGCCGAGGAAAAAGAACAGCAGUUCUAGAAUCAAAACUUAGAAUGGAUUCUUCAAGUGAAGAAAAACGUAAAUUACAUCAAAAAGAAUUGGCUGUGGCUUUAAAUGAAGCUGCAAAACAACGUUUAGCUGAACAAUCAAGUGGCAAGCAAGCUCAAAAAAUAAGAAAGUCUAAUGUCUCUUAUAAAAAUCGUAACCAAAUGCCACAAGAAAAAGAAGUAAAAGACCUUAAAAUUUAUGUUGACAAAAAAUAUGAAACCGUUAUACUUCCAGUAUUUGGUAUUUCUGUUCCUUUCCAUAUAUUUACUAUCAAAAAUAUUUCUCAGAGUGUUGAAGGCGAUUAUACUUAUCUAAGAAUUAACUUUUUCCAUCCUGGAGCUGCCUUGGCAAGGGGUGAAAGUUAUUUUCAAAAUCCUGAAGCAAUGUUUGUUAAAGAACUAACUUAUCGAAGUUCUAAUACAAGAGAACCUGGUGAACAAAUAACAGCUUCUACAAAUUUAAUGAAUGCCUAUCGUAUAAUAAAAGAAGUACAAAAGAAAUUUAAAACUAGAGAAGCUGAAGAAAAAGAAAAGGAAGAUUUAGUAAAACAAGAUACAUUGGUAUUAUCUGUUAACAAGGGUAAUCCUAAGUUGAAAGACUUAUACAUAAGACCAAAUAUUGUAAACAAAAGGAUGACCGGUACUUUGGAAGCCCAUUCUAAUGGAUUUAGAUAUAAUUCAGUAAGAGGUGAUAAAGUUGACAUUUUGUACAACAAUAUUAAAAAUGCAUUCUUCCAACCUUGUGAUGGUGAAAUGAUUAUAUUGUUACAUUUCCAUUUGAAACAUGCUAUCAUGUUUGGUAAGAAAAAGCAUUUAGAUGUACAAUUCUAUACUGAAGUUGGAGAAAUAACCACAGACUUGGGUAAACACCAACAUAUGCACGAUAGAGAUGAUUUAGCUGCCGAACAAUCAGAACGUGAAUUGCGUGUGAAAUUAAAAACUGCAUUUAAAAGUUUCUGUGAAAAAGUGGAAACUGUAACAAAACAAGAAAUAGAAUUUGAUACUCCAUUUAGAGAUUUAGGUUUUCCUGGUGCACCAUUCAGAAGCACAGUUCUUUUGCAACCUACUAGUGGGUGUCUAGUUAAUUUUACUGAGUGGCCACCAUUUGUUAUUACUUUGGAAGAUGUUGAACUGGUUCAUUUUGAAAGAGUUCAAUUCCAUUUAAAAAAUUUUGACAUGAUUUUUGUUUUUAAAGAUUACCAAAAAAAAGUUGUCAUGGUUAAUGCUAUACCAAUGAAUAUGUUGGAUCAUGUUAAAGAAUGGCUUAAUUCAUGUGACAUUCGAUAUUCUGAAGGUAUUCAGUCAUUAAAUUGGACCAAAAUUAUGAAAACAAUUACUGAUGAUCCAGAGGGCUUUUUUGAAAAUGGAGGUUGGACUUUCCUUGAUCCUGAAUCUGAUGAGGAAGAAGGAGCAGCAGAUGAAGAAGAAGAAGAAGAUGAACCAUAUGAGCCAUCUGAUGUAGAAUCAUUUGAAGAGUCAGAUGAUGAUGGAUCUGAAUAUUCAGAAGCUUCAGAGGAUUCAGAUAGUGAUGAGGAAGAACUUGGUUCUUCUGAUGAAUCUGGAAAGGAUUGGUCAGAUUUAGAAAGAGAAGCAGCUGAGGAAGAUCGUGAUAGAAAUGAUUUUCAAGACGAAUAUUCUAAAAAGAAAAUGGGUAGUAGUAGUGGAAGUCGUUACAACAGUUCCUCAUCACAUAAAAAGUCAAGCAGUGAUAAGCACAGAAAUUUUUCUUUAUCAAAUUCAAAAUCAAAUAAUGGUCCAAAGAAUUUAUUUCAAAAAAGCAAAUCUUAUUCUAGCAGUCAUUCAAGUCCGUCUAAAAAUAAAUCAUCAUCUCAUCAUAAGUCAAAUAGCAACAGUAAUCAUCAUAGCAGUAGUAAUCACCACAGUAGUAGCAGUGGAAGCCAUGGAAAACGUUCUUCAGGAGGUGAAAAACGUCGCCAUGAUGAUAGUGGUGAUCGUCAUUCUUCUAAAAAACACAGAAAAUAAUCAUAGAACUUGACAUGGGAAACACACUAACUAAUAAAGCUUAUCAAGAUAAAUAAAUUUAGCAUUACCAAUUUAUGAUUUGUUUUCUUAUAUAUUUUUUAUACAAUAUUUUUUAGAUUUAAGUACAUUUUAAUUUUCUGCAUUUUCAAAAAAACAUUCAAAGACCCAAAA